AUGGAUGCUCAGCAGCUCGAACGCUAUGCGAACCUCGCGCCGUGCUUCUUCGCCGUCAUUGGCGUGGUGUUCAUGGCCAAGUGCAAGGUGGCGUGGCACCCGAUUCUGAACAAGACUGGUUGGAAAAAAGAUGGCGUGUUCGCGUGCUCCGCUGAUUCGGUCUUCCUCCGCUGGGCGAGCCUCGUGUCGCACACGUUCUUCAUCAUCGGCGCUGUCAUCUUCGGCAACGGGAUCCUCGCCAUCUCCAACGUCCUCGGCCUGCCCCUCGUGCUCGGAUUCUGGUGCGCGAGCAGCAGCAUCAUACAGAGCAUCAUGUACAUGGCGGUGUUCAAGCAGUCGCCGAUGGGCACCCCCGACAUCGACGGUCCACCCGUGCCCGCGCGCGUCGUCAUCGCCGCCGUGUGGAUCAUCACCACCGCCAACUACAUCGUCAACCGUGCGACGCUGUACAGGGACGUGGACGAAACGAGGCUCUUCGGGCUCAUGGCGGUGGGCGUCUUCCUCCCAGCAGCCAUCGGCGCCAAGCACCGGACCAAGAACUGGCGCCUGCAUUACAUGAAGGACCUGCCCGCCCGCGACGAGGCCAAGACGUACUGA